AUGGUUUUGGAUGAUUCUGAACAUCCGGAACUCAAAUGUGAUAUUGAUGUUUAUAAUGUUCCUUUUGGCAUUCCAAUUCCACAUAAUUCAAAUGAAUUUACAAAACCAAUAGUUUUAAACAAAAAUUUAGAUUCUGAAUGCCUGAAAAAAUAUGACAAGGAAUCUGAUUUACAUAAAUUAUUAGUUACACUUAAAGAUGUUUCAUAUGAUUAUCAAUACCUAGAUCACCCAGCAGAUGUCAUAUUGUUAGGACAAGGGAAAUCAAUUAAAGAGGCAUUGGAAUCCAUUUCUAUCUCACUAUUUAAUUAUAUUUCAGAUUUAUCAUACGUAGAACCCAAACAUCUUAAAACAAUAGAAGUCACCGGGAAAGGGUUAAUUAAGUUAUUAUACCAUUUAUUAGACGAAUGCUUAUAUUUGUAUAGUGGUGAUUAUUUUAUAGCCAAGUAUGUGUUAAUAGAGGACCUAAAUUCAACAUGUACUAAUUCCGAUAAUUAUUUUGAAAAUUAUGAAUUUAAAAUAAAAGCAAUUGCUUUAGGAGAUUAUUAUGAUAAGAAUAUACAUAAAUGUGGAACUGAAAUAAAGGCAAUAACUAUGCAUCAUCUUAGUAUUAAAUUAUGGAUUGAAGAUCAGGUUUACGAAUUCAAAAACGACAUGGAAUCCAACAAAGCUGAUUUCUUAAAACACUUAAAAAAUCUUAGAGUUACAAAAUGCAAGGCAUUUGCACUAGUCGACAUAUAA